AUCGUUGUGAACACGCCGAGCCAGGAGUUCGCUCUCACCAACUUUGCCUUCUGCUCUGCCGGCGAUUUUCGGAAGUUCGCAACACCGGGAUCCGGCUCGGCCCUGGUUCUCGUUGGAGAUUCUCUUGUUCUUUCCCUCAUUAAGCAUGGCAACAUUCCGGAUGGUCAAAUUGCUCUUAAUUCUAUCCAACGCCGGCACACAAAAGUCUCGGCCGGCGAUCAAAUAUCUGUUAUUACAUUUUUUCCGCCAUCUUGUUUUUCUCUAGCAUUGCUUACGCUUGAGCUGGACAAUGUGAAAGCAAAAGCAAAUAGAAAUGAAGAGCUAGAUGCUGUCGUUCUUGCACAACAUCUUCGUAAGAAGUUUGUUAAUCAGGUUCUUUUCUCUUUAGUGGCUAUGUUUGGGAGACCGCUGAAAUUAGAUGCUCCUACGUAUAAACUUACGCGACCCUCCUUGGCUAGAGUUAUGAUCAAAAUAGAUGUUACUUUACCUCCUCCGGAUGAGGUUUGGAUCGGUUUGGAGCAUAUAGGUUACUGGCAGAAGAUGUUUGGACAUGAUCAAGAGCACUGUUUCAAGUUUAAUCCUGAUUUAAGGAAAAGGGAGGGGAGGAUUCAGCAGCAGGGGCCUGAUGGUGCGGCUGCUAGGAUUGAUGUUCCUGACUCUGCUCCCUCCGAUCCUCCUCUGAAGGGGGCUUCUGUUUCUGUCUCUAUGCCUCACAUUACUACUCCUAUAACUCUUUCGAAUAUUGAUACUAAUCAGGGGUUGAUUGUUUUUAAUGGUAUUGCACCUAGUGAGACUAAUACGCAGGUUUUUAAUGGUCUGACGCUUUUUAUUAUUCCUAUUUCCUCCCCUCCUCUUAAUUCGAUGGCUGCUGGUAAUCAGGAUGGUGUUUCUGUACAAGAUUCAGUUAUCCUGGCUAGGGAUGAAGGUACGGGUUUGGCUGAUGAUUUGACUUCAGAACAGGUUAUGGUGUCUGAGUUAAUCGCCCCUGUGGAUCCUCCCUCUGAAAAUACUAUUUCUGCGAUCGAUGAGAAGCUGGAUGACCCUGCUGAGCAACCUACAUAUUCAAACCCUCCUCAGUUGCAUGAAGCAUUAGGUGAAGAGGAGAUAUUUCAUAUUGUUAACGGACCUGAAGUACUGAGCAAGUAUGUUGGAGAGACAGAAAAAAAUGUGAGGGAUUUAUUUGCUGAUGCAGAACAAGACCAAAAGGCACGAGGUGAUCAAAGUGACUUACAUGUCAUCAUAUUUGAUGAAAUUGAUGCUAUCUGUAAGACUAGAGGGUCAACAAGGGAUGGCACCGGUGUUCAUGAUGGUAUUGUGAACCAGCUUCUCACUAAGAUUGAUGGUGUUAAUUCCUUAAACAAUGUCCUCCUCAUUGGAAUGACCAACAGGAAAGAUUUACUGGAUGAAGCAUUAUUAAGGCCUGGUCGAUUGGAGGUUCUUGUUGAGAUCAACCUUCCUGAUGAAAAUGGACGUCUCCAAAUCCUACAAAUACAUACCAGCACAAUGAAAGAAAACUCUUUUCUAGCCGUAGACGUAAAUCUUCAAGAGCUCG